AUCUGUCUGUCUGCUGCGUUGCACUCAAGUGAACGGCAAAGCAGUAGUCGGUCUUUCCAGUCCAUGUUUUGGCAUUAGGAAAGUGACUGUUCUGGCUGCUGGUUGGUAAUUUAGCCCAAAAUGAAGCUCCUACUCGGGGUAUUUGCACUAGUUGCAGUUGCUGUUGUUAGGGCAGAAGUAUACUUCGAAGAAAAAUUCGCUGACGAUUCAUGGCAGCAAAACUGGGUGUAUUCUGAGCACCCCGGCAAGGAGUUCGGCAAGUUCGUCACCAGCGCUGGUGCUUUUUACAACGACCCGGAGAAUGACAAGGGUAUCAAGACAUCUCAGGAUGCCAGGUUUUACGCCCUUUCGACUAAGUUCCCUCCCUUCAGCAACCAGAACAAGCCUCUUGUUGUACAGUUUUCUGUCAAACAUGAGCAGAACAUUGACUGUGGUGGUGGAUACGUCAAGGUUUUCGACUGUAACUUGAACUCCAAGGACAUGCAUGGUGAAACACCCUAUGAAAUUAUGUUCGGACCUGACAUUUGCGGACCUGGCACCAAGAAGGUCCACGUUAUUUUCAGCUACAAGGGAAAGAACUUGUUAAUCAACAAAGACAUCCGCUGUAAGGAUGAUGUCUACACUCACCUGUACACUCUCAUUGUCAACCCUGAUAACACCUAUGAGGUCCUCAUUGACGGAGAUAAGGUUGAAGGUGGAGAACUGGAAGCUGACUGGAACUUCCUCCCUCCCAAGAAGAUCAAGGAUCCCGAAGCCAAGAAGCCAUCCGACUGGGACGACAGGGCAACCAUUGACGACCCUGAAGACAAGAAACCUGAAGACUGGGAUAAGCCUGAGCACAUUCCUGACCCUGAUGCCAGCAAACCUGAGGACUGGGAUGAUGAAAUGGACGGUGAAUGGGAGCCUCCGAUGAUCGACAACCCCGACUACAAGGGAGAGUGGAAGCCCAAGCAGAUUGACAACCCCAGCUACAAGGGACCUUGGGUUCACCCGGAAAUCGACAACCCCGAAUACGAAGCUGACAGCGAACUCUACUACAGGAAAGAAAUCUGCGGAAUUGGUUUCGACUUGUGGCAGGUUAAGGCUGGUACCAUCUUCGACAAUGUUCUUAUCACUGACGACCCUGAGCACGCCAAGAAGGUUGGCAAGGAAAACUGGAAGGUCACUUUCGAGGGUGAGAAGAAGAUGAAGGAGGCCCAGGACGAGGAGGAAAGGAAGAAGGAAGAGAACGACAAGAAGGUGCGAGAAGAUCAAGAGGAUGAUGAUGAUGAAGAUGAAGACGACAAUGAUGUGGCUGAGAAGGACAGCACAGACAAGGCCGAUGCUGCUGAUGAAACACACGACGAGCUGUGAGAAAAUCGUUCAUCUCAUUUCUGAGUUAUUUACCAACCAGCAGUGCUGUUCUGCAGUGGAUGUAGAAACUCCAUCUUACUUCAACCACAGCAGCAGCUGAGGCAGCAGCAGAGCUGUUGCAACUUAUGCAAUCAGACUGAUCCUUUAUCCUUCCCCCCCUUUUUCCUGUAAGUGUGCCCUGCAGAUCAUUUGGUGAACUGUGUGAACGUGAUGCAUGUGUGACUCAAUGUUAGUGCCAGCGUGCUGUUGCUGCAUUUACCACUUUGUGAUAUGUUGCAGACCUGUUAAGCACUUUGGUCGGUUUUUGUUUUUAUGUAUGACCAUUUCAGUAUGCAGCUUUGUACAAAAUAUUUUGGGAUGAUUUCCAAUUGUGACUGAUAGUUUUUGAGUGUGUGUAAUCACCAUUGUGUGGUGAGUACAUCUGUGUUGUCACGAAGAUCUGAAGUAAAGUUUUUUUCUAAACUUGAAUGGAAAGCAAUAUUUCUUUUGAAUGAAAGAAAACAAAUUUGUUCCAUCUACAUUAAAACAAAAUGUACAAAAAAUUUGAAUGAUGGGUGGGCCCUAGAUGAAAUAAGUCAAGGGAGGGUUUGACAAGAACAACUUUUUACAGAGUAAUUCAGGCUUUUAUAAAGUCUUGAUGUGAUUUUUUUUCUUCCACCUUGGUCCAUGAAGCUGAAUCUGUAAUACAUUGUUUGGGCUUCUUUAACUGUGCCAUUUGGUUUCAAAAAUUUGAUUUGAAUUUGCAUUGUAGUAGGCUUCAGUCAUGUUUCGUCAGUUAGGAAAUUGUUUUAAUUAAGUCAUGGGACUUCGUUCUAGCACUGUGAGGCAGAAACUGCUUCGACACAAUUUCAGUGGAAGCCACAAAACAUGUGUUGUGUUCAAGUAGCAGUGAUAUAUAUUUGAAUUUGUAAGGAAGAAGAGUUUUAUUAUAAAAAAAUAUAAUGCUAGGCUUUAUUUAUA